CUGUGGAAGAAGCUACAGAAGAGGAAAAAGAAAAGUUAUUGGAAGAGCAACGAAGGCAGGAGGAAGAGCAACAAAGGCAACGACGGAAAAUUGAAAAGCGAGAACGCGAAAGAGAAAAACGAGAAUAUGAACGGAAAUUACAGGAACAAUAUCAAAGAGAGCAACUUGAACAACUCGAACGACAAAAACGUGAAAAAGAGCUUAGAAUGCGUGAACAAUUAGAAAAGCGUGAGCGCGAACAUGAACUUGAGUUGCUGCAACAACAACGUGAAUAUGAAAUGCAACAACAACGUGAAUAUGAAAUGCAGCAACAACGUGAAUAUGAAAUGCAACAACAACGUGAAUAUGAAAUGCAGCAACAACGUGAAUAUGAAAUGCAACAACAACGUGAAUAUGAAAUGCAGCAACAGCAACGUGAAUAUGAAAUGCAGCAACAACGACUUGAAUUGCUGCAACAACAACGUGAAUAUGAAAUGCAGCAACAACGUAAAGAUGCUCGAUACGAGAUCAAUGAUAGAAGUAGAAGAAGAGAUUUAGAAUGGAAUGAUAGAGGAAGGCAUUACGUCAAAGAUAACGACAUGAAUGAUAUGUGGAGCAGAGAUAGUGUGUCAAAUGACAGAGAGCAUCUUAGCGAAGACCAUGAGGAAGAUUUUGAUAGUGUCAGCGAAUUUGAGCUUAAUCAACUGGAAAAAGAUAAUAGAGAAAAAAGAUCCGUGAAUAAACCGGUGGGACGUGUGGUUUCGCUUCCACCGCCACCACAGGACUUUGGAGUUACUGACUUGGAUUAUCGAGAUCCUGAGAUUGCUAACUUAAAGGAGCUUGUAGAAAAAUUAGACAUGGAGGAACACGCAUUAAAUGGAGCGAACACUGCAGAUGACUUGAGUGAUAUGGCACCAAGUCGACCGACAAGUAUUUUUAUUUCGGAAGAUGCAUUGAAACAUCUUUCUAAUACUUUAACUGGCAACGUUAAUCCAUUUUUCAUAAAUCCAGAAGAAAGAUUUAAUGGAAAUGAAAAAGGAUUAACUACUAUACAAGA